AUGGACGUGUUGCACUUCGACGUGCCUCUCAUAUCGACGAGGCGGGCCUCGAGCGGCCACGGAGGCAUUCGAAAGAUGAAGGAAUCUCUACCUCCUCAGAUUCUCAGAGAGAAGCUCCCUCGAUUCCUUCAGAAAUGCGCUGAGGCCUUUGAAUCCGACCGUCGGUAUCGAAACGAUUCGAGAUACAUUCGUGUUUGGAUUCAGUUGAUGGAUUAUGUGGAUGAUGCGAGGGUUAUUUUGAGGAAGAUGGAGAAUAACCAGAUUGGAUUGAAGCGAGCUAUGUUUUACUCUGCGUAUGCUUUAUAUUAUGAGAAGAAGAAGAAGUUUGAAAAGGCAGAGAAUAUGUAUCGUUUGGGGGUUCAAAAUCUUGCAGAGCCCGCAGCCGAGAUACAAAAAUCAUAUGAUCAGUUUCUUCAUCGUAUGAAGCUCCUCAAGGAAAGGAAAAAGAAAAUGCAGAAAGCAAUGCUCACCAACAAUGGCAUUCCUUCUCAGCAAGGGAAAACUACAAUGACAGAGAACCAAAGAUUAGAGAAAGGUGAGACAUCUCAUGUAUCAGCUUCUAAGAUCAAUUCUCGGGAUCAACACAAACGUUUUGAACACAUAAAUUCUACGGAAUGCUGUAAAGCUAGCACAAUCCCCGAGGAUGAAGGAAAUGCUGCUAAGAAUGUGUACAGGUCAACCUCUUGCGGUGAUGACACUGUUGUGGUGAAGUUUGUAGGCUCUGCAAUUGUAGGCAAAUCUGAAGCAGAAGAUGCUUGCCACCACGGCCUGGUGGACCCCACGAUCAACAUGAAGGAGGCAAUGAAUGCUAUCGGCAGCAUGUUUAAAGAACCCUUGGAGCAAGAUCCAGUUGCCAGAAGAAGAAUGCGCCAAAUUAAUCCAAAGCCUAAGGAAAACCAGCAGAGCAAUGUGCUUCAAGUUUUUGUUGAUGAAAGCUUAGACGAAGCACAGCCUAAUUCACCAGGAAAAAAUGAAGUCAAGGCACAGCAGCCCUUUGUUGGUGCGUUCAAGAUAUGGACAGAAGAUGAUGAUGAUAAUGAUGACGACGAGGAAAAUGAUGUUGAUGAAGAGCUUAAGGAAGAGCCUAAAUCAGAUAGUAUUGAAACCAAAACCUAUAGAUCUGAAGAUGUUCGGAUAAAUGGUGACACAGUCAUUCGGAGAUUUGUGGGGUCCACUGUUUUCGACGACCCAGAGGUGGAGAAUGCAUUGCAUCACGGUUUGGUGGACCCCACUAUUAACCUGAAGGAAGCCAUGGAUGAUAUUAACAGCAUGUUUGGUAAACCGCUGAAUUUUGUUAGAGCAAGCAGACCAAAGAAGCAAGCCAAACUGACAGAAAAGAAACCAGCGAGCGAGGGUUUCUGUAUAUUAGCUGAUGAUGAAUUGGAAGAAGGUUCGACGCGUCAGGCUCCGAAAAAAUUCUCCUCCAAGGUUGGUGGAGAAAAUGAUUUGUUUGAACCGACCGUUUUCACUAGGGAAGCCAUGGAUGAUAUCAAUGAAAUGUUUGGAAAAUCAUUGGAUUUCUAAGAGAAGAGGCAUUUUUUAGUUUUCCCCCCUUUGAGUUGUUUUUUGUGGUUUUUUAAGGGAAUUACAUUGGUAUUCCCCUAUGAGAUACUUCACUGUCAUAAAACUAAUUCGUGUCAGUUGGGAAUCACAUUGGUACUUCCCUGUGGAGAAAGUGAACAGAAUUUCUUGUUUUCUCCUCCUCAACCUCCUCCUCUUUCUUCUUUA